AUGCGCUCCCGAACCGGCUGCUUGACAUGUCGGACUCGCAAGCUCAAAUGUGACGAGCAGAAACCGGUUUGCGCACAAUGUCGCAAAGGUGGCCGAGAAUGUCGGCCCAGCGAGGGCAUCGUCUUUCGCCAUCAGCAGAAUGCGUCGAUGAACAAUAGCGAGCAACAGACACCAGAAGGCCGGGGGGAUUUGAAGGGGUUCUACUCAUAUAAGAACACAUUUGACAAGGAUAGUGUGUGGUUGGCGGUUCCGAAACAUGUUAUAUUUGUCGAUAAUUCCGACCCGUACGCCGAAGAUCUCGAGAUCGCAGAGUCCAGUGCGAUCGCGCUGGCCCAGGCCCGCAAUGCGCGAUGGGGCAGUGGCUCUAGGACUAGCGAUGCAGACUCACAUGGCUUGGAGGCCCUGUCUGCAGUCGCAAGCCACGAUCGCUUCCCAUACUCACCCAUGGCCCAGUCCGUCUCCGACAGCCUCUCAUAUCCUUCUCCGAACCAUCCGCGAAGCAGUGCCAUGCCUCCUCCCGCAUCGCCAUCUAUCUCCAUAUCCGCCAGUAGCAAUAACACAAAUAUCAACUUUCUCCUGAACCCAUCACACUCGCUAUCGCCCGUCGACCCAUCGAUGACUCCCGAUCAAAGAAGCGCCUCGCUACCAUCACGCCCGGCCACGUUAUCAAGGUCUGUUGCGGAAAAAAAUAUGGAUAGCCAUGCCGAGACGGACUGGGAGAUCGCAUUUCUGUUGCGCCAUUAUACCGAAGGGCCAGGGUUAUGGAUGGAUUUGUUUGACCUCGGUACAUAUUUUGCAUCAUGCGUCCCAGUGCGUGCGAGGUCGAACCCCCUUCUCAAAUACGCCGCAUGCGCAUAUGCGGCAAAGCAAUUAGGUCGAGUCAAGGGCGCAAAGGCCAAGAUGGGCGGCGUAUGCUCUCGGCAAGCGAUCAUGGAGGUAUGGCACGAUAAAGACACUGAUUUUGCUUGGCUCGGGGCGAAGUAUUAUGAAAAGGCUAUUCAGCUGUUGAUGAAAGAGCUUCAACCCGAUGCAGAGGCUCCGCCUCCACUAAGCACGCCAGAGGCGUUUGGACAGUGGCAGGCGAACGAGCUUUGCGAUGACACAGAAUAUCCGCGUAAAAGACGGCGACGGGUCUCCAAUAGUAGACUAUCGCGGGGAGUUCACUCGGAUGAAAUAUUGGCGGCGACGGCAAUCUUGUCAGUCUAUGAAUUUCUCGAUGCAACGGGUCCUGCAUGGAGUCGCCAUUUGAGUGGAGUCAAGUCUCUGCUAGAUGUCACUGAAGUGGGGAUUAUGCCACUAGAGCACCAUUCAUCGGAGGGAGACAGUCCAUAUCAGUAUAGGAAGUCUCGUCUCUCCAGAGCACGGAAGGCGGCGUUCUGGAAUUUUGCCCGACAGGACUAUCUGGCUGCAUUCAUCAAUGAGUGCCACACAAGGCUGAACACAGAAGACAUCGUGCUGUGGACUGAAGCCGGGUUGCUGAUUGACCAAAUGGGCUUCGUGCAGCCCAGCAACUUGGGUGAAGCAGGGUACCCGGAGGGCAACGACGUAAUGAAAGAAGACCAGAUUUGCAACGCGCUGGUUUGGAUCAUGUCGAAGAUCGUCAACCACAUUAGCUCAGGUGACAACCUCAAUACGAACGACACCAGGUCUGUAGAUAGUGGGCCCCUCGGUGUCUCCCAACAGGCCAUGCUUGAACGAUGGUACAGACUCGAGGCUGAGCUGGACACAUGGUACAGCGGUCUGCCAGACACAUUUAAGCCUUGCGUGCGGAUCGACCCGUCCCGCAUCGCCCAUUACCGCCCUGUCGAAGAAGCAAAGGACCUCACGACACUGCAAGAAAUCUGGCACAGCAUACCAAUGUGUGCAUCCAGCAUGCAGCACUACCACAUGGCUCGUAUCCUGCUGUUAAUCAACAAACCGCACGAAUCGACUUCCCGGCGGAGCACUAUCACAUUGCGGCUGCAGUCGUAUCGGUCCAUCGAGGCCGAAAUCGGAUUCCAUAGUCGCGAGAUCUUGGGAAUCGGGCUGGCGCGGCCGGACGGUGGCGUCAGAAUCAAUUCUUUGCAGCCGCUCUUUGUUGCAGGCCAGUGCCUGACCGAUGCGCGCGAGCGUCGCACGGCGAUUCGAUUGCUGCGUGCAAUCGAGGCGGACCUGGGAUGGGCGACCGAGUAUCGGGUGCAACAGCUGCUGAAAGAAUGGGGGUGGGAGGAGAGUUUCCCGCACUCAAUGGCAGGGACUUGA